AGGGUUUGCAUUAAGUAAUUUGUUGCGUUCAUUCCGACUGUAAACUCUUCUCCCUUUCUGUUGUGAAAUGUCAAUUCCAGAUGUUGUUUGUUUAUUUACAUUUUAACGAGAAAUGUUUCUUUCGGUGGAAGAAUUUGACGAUAAUUUUAAUUGAGUAACAUUGCCACUAUUGGAACCAUUGAAGAUGAUGAAGAAAUGUUUUGUGCCACUCAGACGAAUGUCCAAAAUCAAUCGGUUUUGCUGUUGUAUCGAAAAUGAGAAUAGUUUAACGUUUGACGAAAGGGAUCCGUAUGUCGGCAUUGAAGAGACGGUUGGUGGGCAUCCAAAGUUGAAUGCUUUGAUAAAACAUCGAAUGUCACACUUUCAUGUCAACGAAAUCGAUUUGGACGGUAAAAUAGUUCACCUGACAGACCUCAACCCACCAUCGAAACCAGCUGACGUUACACCAGCUGAACCGUUCUACGUACAUUGUACUCUUUACAAGGAAGGAGUGGCACAUCCUGAAGUUCUAGAUCGUUUGGUUAGGAAACUGAGAAUCAAAGGAGAUGACAUCGGACUAGCAGGCAUCAAAGACAAAUGGGGCAAGACAUCGCAGAAAAUCUCAGUUCGCAACGUCGAUCCUCAACUUCUGGCUGCAUUCAGCGAAAGAAAUCGCCACGUGAAACUGGGAAAUUUCACAUACGAAAAUCACCCCCUCAAGUACGGUGACUUGACGGGCAAUCAUUUUAGGAUAUUGCUGCUCGAUGUGACCAGUCCAACCGGUUCAUCAUCAAUCAGCGACGAUAUCCAUAAAGCUGUGACGAGUUUGACACACUUUGGAUUUGUCAACUAUUACGGCCGGCAACGAUUCGGAUUCGAACAUAGAAGUCAGACAAUUGGCAGGGCAAUGGUACAAAUGAACUGGGAACAGGUGUUCGAUUUAGUUCUUCGACCUCGGAAACACGAACCGGACUACAUGCGAGCGGCUAAAAAACUUUGGCUUUCCGAACGUGAUCCGAUUAAGAUAGUGAACAGUUUACCUCCCGAUGCAGGGAACGACAAAAAAUUAAUGGAAAUUUGGUUACUGCACGGCUUGGCCAAACAUUACAACGGCGGCAAGGGAGACCUGAUGGAAGCGUUCAAAACAAUUCCACAAUACAUGCGGCUGUUGAACUACGCCGCGCUCAAAAGUUUCUUCUGGAAUCAUCUGGUGACCUAUCGCAUUCGUACAUUUGGACUGAAACCAGUUCCUGGUGACAUUGUCAGUCUUAGACGUGCAGCGACAGAGAAUGGUGAUAUUGAGCCAAUUAUCGCAGGAAAAAAAGGAGAUUUAUUAAGCGACGAGCUGAGAGUACUAACCGACAACGAUUUUGAUCCGAACGGAAAUUGUCGCGACUAUUCAAUCCACGAUGUCGUUCUGGAUGCACCGGGUAGUAGAAUGACAACGUACACGAAUCCUAAAGUGCAGAGUUACUUCGAAACGCUACUGAAGAUUAAUCAAUUGGACAUUGACUGUUUUGCAAGGUUUAUGGAAAGAUUUGCCGAAGAGGUGCAUCCAUUCGAUCAUGUCCGGUCCUUGCGUCAUGUCGUCCAAAGACCCAUAAAUUUAACGUACAAAAUCGCUCCGUAUGCUCAGCAACAGUUGCGCCAUUUGGACCAUUUUAUUCCAUCCGAGUUGGACCUCCUGCAGAUCCAUCAUCAACAUCAGUCGCGAAGAGAGAAAAAGCAAAUAGCCGAAGCGCAAUGCAAACAAGACGGCAAGGAGAAAACGUGUGUCAUCCUGGAAUUUUCGUUGCACAAAGGUACGUACGCGACAGUUGCGCUGCGUGAAUUGCUGAACUGUACGAGCACAUGGAGAUGAAGUCAGAACAGAGUUGUUGUUCGACGUCUAGUUUAUGCAUUAAAAAGUUCCUU